AUGCUCUCUGGAAUUCUCAUCUUCAACCAAAAAGGUGAGAACCUCAUCUUUCGCGCCUUCCGCAACGACUGCCGCCCGCGACUUGCCGAUGUCUUCCGCAUUCAGGUCAUCUCCAACGCCCAAGUACGCUCGCCCAUCCUCACCCUUGGCUCCACCACCUUUAGCCAUGUCAAACACGAGAACAUAUACCUGGUCGCCGUGACCAAGAGCAAUGCCAAUGCGGCGCUCGUCUUUGAGUUUCUGUACCGUUUGGUGGGAUUGGGAAAGGCUUACUUCGGCAAGUUCGACGAGGAGGCCGUGAAGAACAACUUCGUACUGGUCUAUGAGCUACUGGACGAGAUUCUGGAUUUUGGAUACCCACAGAAUACAGAGACAGACACGUUGAAGAUGUACAUUACAACUGAAGGUGUCAAGUCGGAAAGGGCAAUGGAGGACUCCUCGAAGAUUACAAUGCAGGCAACUGGUGCCCUUUCCUGGCGGCGGGCCGACAUCAAGUACCGCAAGAACGAAGCCUUCGUCGAUGUUAUCGAGGACGUCAACCUGCUCAUGUCCGCGACGGGGACAGUACUGCGAGCCGACGUGAACGGACAGAUCAUAAUGCGCGCAUAUCUCUCGGGCACACCCGAGUGCAAGUUCGGUCUCAACGACCGACUAACGCUGGGCGAAGAUCAUCUACAACAACCGUCUGGAAACAAGGCAGGCGCGAAGGCUACAAGAGCGGCAGCGGGAAGUGUGACGUUGGAAGACUGUCAAUUCCAUCAAUGCGUGAAGCUGGGCAAGUUCGAUGCGGACAGGAUAAUAUCCUUUGUUCCGCCCGACGGCGAGUUCGAGCUGAUGCGCUACCGAGCGACGGAGAACGUAAACCUGCCUUUCAAGGUGCACGCCAUUGUCAACGAAGUUGGCAAGACCAAGGUCGAAUACAGCAUCGCCAUUCGCGCCAACUAUGGCUCCAAACUUUUUGCGACAAAUGUUGUCGUGCGGAUACCAACACCCCUCAACACGGCGCGCAUUACCGAGCGGACGUCACAAGGCAAAGCCAAGUACGAACCGGAGCACAACAACAUCGUCUGGAAGAUACCGAGAUUCACAGGGCAAAGCGAGUUUGUGCUGAGUGCUGAGGCCAGCCUGACCAGCAUGACCAACCAGAAGGCGUGGUCCCGACCACCGCUCAAUCUGAGCUUCUCUUUGUUGAUGUUCACCAGUUCGGGGCUACUUGUGCGAUACUUGAAGGUGUUUGAGAAGAGCAACUACAGCAGUGUAAAGUGGGUGCGUUACAUGACGAGAGCGGGUAAUUAUGAGAUAAGGUUUUGA